GGAAGCAAAAUGCCCAAUGUUACUUCCUCAUCGGAAUUUCUGCUCCUUCAGUUUUCAGACAUCCGAGAACUACAGAUCUUUGUAUUCAUUGUAUUCUUCACAGUAUACUUGACUGCAGUGACUGGCAACCUUCUCAUCAUCCUUGCUGUAGCCCUGGAUCAUCAACUCCACACUCCCAUGUACUUCUUUCUCAUGAACCUGGCCAUUCUGGAUGUUGGCACAGUUUCUGUCCUGUUACUCAAAACAAUGGCCAAUUCCUACCUAAACAGCAGGUCAAUUUCUUAUCUGGGGUGUGUAGCUCAAGUUUUCUUCCUCUUCUUCUUUGGAGGGUCAGAUUUUGCCAUCUUGACAAUAAUGGCACAUGAUCGUCAUAUUGCUAUCUGCAAUCCAUUGCAAUAUGAGACCAUUAUGCACAGAGGAGUCUGCAUUGAAAUGGCGGUCAGUGCAUGGAUUGCUGGUAUGCUCAAUGGUGCGUUAAACAGUGGAGGAACUUUUGCUAUCAACUUCUGCUCUAACAUAAUCGAUCAGUUCUUCUGUGAAGUCCCACAAGUUCUAAAACUUGCCUGUUCCGACAUGUAUCUAGUUGAAGUUGGAGUGAUUAUAAUGAGCUCUUUCUUUACAAUAGGAUGCUUCAUCUACAUCAUAUUCAGCUAUGUGCAGAUUUUUCGAGCAGUGCUUAGAAUUCCUUUUGUGCAUGGCCAGAAAAAGGCCAUCUCCACUUGCCUUCCCCAUCUCACUGUGGUGUGUUUGCUUAUAUUUAGUGGCAUCUUUGCCUAUGUGAGGCCUCACAGAUACUCUUCAUCUGACCUUAAUGUUCUUUCUGCAAUAAUGUAUGCUGUAAUCCCUCCCUUGCUCAAUUCAUUCAUUUAUAGCAUUAGAAACAAAGAAAUCAAGACUGCAUUGUUGAAGCUCACCGAUUGGAGACAUUGUUGUAAGAUAAUUGCUCACAAAGUUUUUCUACCAGAAUGGAGUUGA